AUGCCUGCCACUACUCGAAGGAUGAAGCCGGACGCCGCGGACGACGCAGAGUACCUUCCGGAUGCAUACUCCAUGCCUGUGAAGGCAGAACCACAGCACUCUUCUUUCACCAAUGGCUCGCAUCAUUUCACUAUGGACGCCCAACCACCGCCGAUGAUGGACACGCCCGCCAUUCGUGAGCAACCGCCUGCGGACCCAACUCUUGGCGUGCAACUCAAGACCUCUUUCCCGGUGGCGCGGAUAAAACGCCUAAUGCAGGCCGACGACGACAUCGGCAAAGUCGCUCAGGUCACUCCUCACGUCGUUAGUCGCGCGCUGGAGCUGUUCAUGAUCCGGAUAAUAUCUGCAUCUGCAGCUCAGGCGGCACAAUCUGGUGGUGGAAGUGGCAAAGGCCCGAAGAGAGUGCUGGCGCAGCACGUCAAGCGCGCUCUGCAGGCUGAUGAAAACUUUGACUUUUUGGUGGACAUUGUGGCAAAGGUUCCGGACGCUCCUGCCAAGGCCAAGAAGGAGCAAACGGGAAGUGACUCGGACGAGGGACCUGGGAGUGCAAAGAAGGCUGCGCCGAAGGGUCAAUUCCUGUCAGGCAAUGUUGAGAUGGUCAAGCGGAAGGAGACGAAGCGAAAGGGCUCGAGCGGCGACCAGGAGGCCUUCUCUUCAAGUCCGAAUGCGAUGAAUCGAAGGUACACGCAGAAGAAGGACUCCGGCGAGGGCAAAGAGCCCCCACCGUCAAGUGAAGCUACGCCUGAGAGUCCAAACGUCGUGAAGCGGAAGAAUGAGAGCAGGGACAGAGAAUCGGGACCGGAGGGCGACUGGAAGCCAGACCCCUAUAUCGAGCCCUACGCUCCGACCCGGCCUCUGCGUGGGCCACCUAUUGGAACUUUCCCUGCCGAGGGUCGGCCUCUGUAUCAGCCUUACCGGUCUCCCCACCAUUCCCCCCCUUCGGAGCCUGAAUUCUCUUUCGACGGUCUGGACUAG